UGUGCGCUAAAUUGUGUAUGUGUGUGUGUAACAUCCUUUACAACUGCUGAAGUCGGGUACGAGACUGUCCUUUUGCGUUUCCUGUAAGGGACAGUCAACACACAAGGCACAAGGCACUCUACCCGAUCCGCCUUCAGACUCCCAGAGCGCCGCACAAAGGGGAUUUUACCUGGGAGUAUGUCGCCAAAUAAAGAAAGUGAUGGUGGAUGGCAGAAAUUUCUCUGGAAUCCUGAAAAGAAGGAGUUUUUAGGGCGUACCGGCGGCAGUUGGGCUAAAAUCACCUUGUUCUACAUCAUUUUCUAUGGAUGUUUGGCUGGAAUCUUUGUCGGGACCAUUCAGGCAUUGCUGCUUACAUUAAGCAACUACAAACCGACCUAUCAAGACAGAGUCGCACCUCCAGGUCUAUCACACACACCACGGUCGGACAAAUCAGAAAUAGCCUUCAAUAUGAAUGAUCCAGAGUCAUAUAAGAAAUACAUCAAUACCAUAGAUGAUCUGCUUAAAAAGUAUGAUGAUGAUCUGCAGACGAAGGAGAAAAACUAUGAGAACUGUGGAGUGGAGCCUCUGCCACACAAAGAUCGUGGUCCUCUGUUGAGCGACCAGGGCCAGAAGAAAGCCUGCCGCUUCAGCCGGUCGUUGCUGGGCCCCUGCUCUGGAGAAACAGACACCAACUACGGCUUCAAGGAAGGAAAACCCUGCCUCAUCGUCAAGCUCAACAGGAUUGUCAACUUCAUACCCCGGGCUCCCACUAAUGACUCCAUGCCUGAAUCUAUUGCGUCUGCCUUUAAUCCCAACCUAAUCCCCAUUUACUGCAAGAACAAGAGGGAUGAGGACAAAGAAAAGGUUAAAGAAAUUAAAUACCACGGUAUCCAAGGCGGCUUCCCCCUGCAGUACUACCCCUACUAUGGCAAGCUACUGCACCCCCAGUACCUACAGCCCCUGGUGGCCGUGCAAUUCACCAACCUGACAGUAGGGGAGGAGUUGCGCAUUGAGUGCAAAGUGUAUGGCGCAAACAUCUACUACAGCGAAAAGGACCGCUACCAGGGACGCUUCGACGUCAAGAUCACCAUCAACAACUCGUGACCUCAGCCGCAUCUAAAAAUACACGUAGAAUUAUCAAAACACCACUAGUCUUUGAACAUUCACGAUAUACAGGACCUACACUUAAUCUGUUGUGUGCUUUACACUAGCUUCUUCUGUGCGCGUGUCCAGGGUUAGAAUGUAAAAUACCAGAGUAGCAAUAGCAAAUAUUUAUUCUACUGUAAAUGAGAUAUUCCUUGAGCCAUGGGAUGUGUUUCAUCAAUUACUGUAACUGCAAUUCCACUACUGACGCUUCGCGAGCCGUGUGUAUGUGUCCCGCCUCUCUCACCUGAUGUGGUUUAUAUAUUUUUGGAGUGUCCCGUGCCGUACCCCUUGCCUCGUCUUCCCCCCUUCCCUCUCUCUCGUCUUAUGUCAGCUUCAGUGGUCCAAGGUGUGUAUGUGUAUGUAUGUGUGUGUGUGUGUGUGUGUGUGUGUGUUUGAGGUGUGUGUGAAAUACAGCAUGGUACUCUGAAGCCACGGCCCGUGAAUGAGUUAACACUGCGCUCCAUGGACUCUUCCUUUGUGUUUCUUUGACCGAGUUUGUUGUUGGGUUUUGUCCGAGUGGAAGGACACAGUUCGUAUGUUUUUGUUCUUGUUCACCUUUAGUUGUAGUUUUGGAUUAGCAACAUUUCUGUUCCGUUUUCUUCUUAAUGAUAGUGUAGAGAGCUUUGUGGGUCCAGCCUAAAGACUGUCACCUCCAUGGAAACAGUGGCAACUCAGUGCUUUUAAAUCUGUUUUGCUGGAGACAUCACGUUAUGUGAUGCAACUUACUAUUGAAUGUUUUAGCCAUUUUCAUGGUGGAAGAAUUUUAUAUUUAUGCAGUUGUACAUUUUUUUCAAAGUGUAAUGUAAAAAUCCAAUACCAAAGGCGCUGGUCUAGAAUAUCAGAGGUGAUGCAGUAUGCCAUGUACAAAUGUUUAGUUGGUGUGAAAUACUUAAUUCAAUGUUGAAGAUCAAACACCUGUUUAUUUAAUCUGCAUAAGGCUGAAACAAUAAAACGAAAAAUACGACAACUGUGAA